AUGUGGUCUACGAUUCUUUUAGUUGUACCGCUGUUGGGGAUAGGUUAUGCUGCGGAGAUUCGCCUCAAGCGCCAAGGCUUUGCUCCGGCUGCAGAGUGUAUCAUUUCGGAAGCCGAUAUAGACGAGAUCGUACAGCUCACGAAAAUGCUUGACGGACGUAGAUCCAAAAAGCGCCCUUCUAACCGAGCACCGACUGCGGAGCUCACGGAUGGUUGUACCCGUAAGUUGGCAGAGUUUAAAACGUCGAUCCAGGACGUGCUGGCUCGGUACGGUACGAUGAAGAAAGAGUGGAUAAAGGCCAGCGAAUAUGAGCUACUGAAAGCCAAGCAGGAGUCGGAGAUCAGUGAUUUACUGCGGGAAGUGGACAAUCUUGAACGCGAAGCGGAGCAGAGAUAUCGGGCGGAGCUCGAGAAGCUGCGCAACAGUCUGCAGCGGUUACAUCGCCAAUUGAACGAGAAUUUGCGUCAACUCGAACAGGAAAGGCUUGCUGGCCGGCGGGCACAGGAGGCACUGUGCGUUACCAACAUUCAGGGCGGUAGAGCCGAGAACGCGGUGCGAAUAUUUCGUGCCCUUAACGGAAGCUACGACACGGUGCGUGUCACUAACGAUACAUACCGGGAUGAUAGAGACAUGGUGGAACCGUUGGUCGAGUUCUUCAAGGCACUUCGUGAUGACGCACAGACAUUCGACACGAUCGGUGGUUUGGAGGAAUUGCACAAGCAACUUGAGCGCAACAACCAGCUAGAUUUAGAGCGAAGCCGAACGAUUUUCCAUUCGUUAGUUGGGCUAGAGAACUAUUACACCGCGGAUGUGGAUGUGGUUCGAGUGCAGAAGCUGCGUAUCAAGUUAAUGGACACUCUUCGUGCUCUUAGAAAUCAGUGAAGUGGGAACUUCGUAGACUCGAAAUAACUGAAUUAGGAUCAGGCUUUUAUCAAUUAACGAUUGGUACAGAUCUUAUAAUCGUAAUAGUUCAUUUUUCUCGCAUAGCUCAUAUCUUCAAAUGAAGCAAAUAAAC